CAGAUAUGAGGUACCUUCGGUAUAAAAUGAAUCUUCAGACGUAUCUUCGCCUCUUUCUGUUUUUAAUAAUCAACACUUUCAAAUCUUUUUUAGUUAUUCGUUAACAAAGAAGACGUCGGUAUAGGUCAGUUCUUCGAUAUGACUUCAGGUGCAUUAUUCAGACUCAGUAAGGCUCAAACUUAUUAUUCAUAUCAUGGAAUGCAAGACAGAGAUGCUGACAUCGCUUUACAAAAAUACAAACCAAAGAUGAAAUGGAACAGUAAACAUAAAAUUUUAGAUAUUGGUUGCGGUCCUGGAGAUUUGACGUAUAAUUAUUUAUUGCCUUUGAUUCCCAGCAAUGGUGAAAUGUUGGGUGUUGAUAUAUCUCCAGCGAUGAUCAGUUAUGCAAACUCAAACUACAAAGAUUCGCGUCUGAAUUUCGAAGUGAUGGAUAUCUCUAAUCCAAAGGUGGCUGAGAAAUACAAAUUAAAUUUCGAUUCGGUUUUUUCGUUUUAUUGUUUACAUUGGAUUCAAGACCAAAGAACCACCAUGAGAAAUAUAUAUUCAAUUUUAAAACCAGGAGGAGAAACUUUACUCAUUUUUCUCGCUACCAGCCCUAUCUAUAGGCUUUACGAGCUUUUAGCUGCUUCACCAAAGUGGUCUCCGUACAUGAAAAACUACAGAGAUGUGAUUUCACCUUACCAUUAUAGUGCAGAUCCGGUAUCUGAUAUUAAGAACUUGAUGCAAAGCGUCGGUUUCCAUGUCAAGGAAUGUUUCUGUACGCCAACAUCUUAUACUGUACCAUCAAAACAAGUCCUUUACAAAUCCAUCGAGGCAGUUAACCCAUUUCUGAGCCUUAUACCAGAGCACAUGUUAAAAGAAUACGACCAAGAUUGGAAGGAGAAGAUGUGGACGUCGAAUUUAUGCACCUUACUGGAAACGAAUGAAGUCACGUUUAAGUACUCGUUGAUAACGAUUUACGCCUAUAAACCUCACUAACGAUGUACCAUCUAACGGUUCAAACUUUUACAACUUAUGACUGAAAAUCUGCAUUAACAUACUACACGGCAACGGGAGCAACAUAUUUUACCUUACCUUUAAAAACAAAUUUACAGUAAUUUUUUUGUGUGUUUUUUUUUCAUACAUAUUGUCAUAAAAUUACAAGUGCAUUUUUUAUGAUUAUUUUUAUGAAAAAAAUAAAUUAAAAUUAAAAGUAAAAAAAAAUAUAAUAAUAAUUUACUAUGGGUA